AAAAAGACUAAAAAAACAUGAAUUUGCCUUCGUUCACCCCUGGAAGGUUGGGCUGGAUUUAAUAUUUCAGAGCUAGGGUUCAAUUUUGAUUCUGGGGUUCGUGGCUUUCGCCAUUGAAGGCCGGCCAUCUUCUGCUCGUAAAGUUCUUCAAUCCCUUACCGUCCCCAUCUUCAUAUUCGCCGCGGCUGCUUAAAUUGCGCCCUGUCUUCAAAGAUUUUCGAGAUGGCAAGAGGCCCUGUGAAAAGACUCUUCUUUUAUCUGUGUUCAUCGUCCUCAUCAUCGAAAAGCUCACAUAGGUUCAGAUUCCUCUCAUCCUCAACCCGCUUCCACCGUGCCCAAUUCCCAGAACCAAUUAAAUUCCAAGAUUACCCCUCCGGCAAGCCCGGGUUGCUUCACCCGCUUCUGUUCUUUCCGACCCGUUCCCCACAUUUCACAAAGUGUGGAGCUUUAUGUUCUGGUGGGUACCCGUAUUCGACCAAGGUUGAAAAUGGCGGGUCUUGUUCAACUUCAGUGGAAUCCAUGGGCGAUGAACCUUGUUAUUUGGAAGCUGACAGCUUGAAAAGUGUGUCUGAGAAUGUACUUGAUUUUUCGGGUCGUGAUCCGGUAGAGAUUUACGGAGAGCUAAGGGGUUCUAAGAAGAGCAUCAAGAAAACCAGAGCAGAUUGGGAUGCUUGUAAUGAGAUUUUCAGGAGCUUUGCUAAAUCCGGAUGGGCAUCAAAUCAGGCAUUGGCUAUUUAUAUUGGGGCUUCAUUUUUCCCCACUGCAGUUAUUAAAUUCAGUAAAUUCUUCUUCAUGAACUCUAACACUGAUCUUGUCAAGUAUUUAGUAUCCCUCGGCCCUUCACAUGAGUCCGAGAAAUUCUUGUUCCCAAUUUUUGUUGAAUUCUGCUUUGAGGAAUUCCCAGAUGAAAUCAAAAGAUUUAGGUCAAUGAUUGAGUCAGCAGAUCUAACAAAACCACACACUUGGUUCCCUUUCGCCAGGGCAAUGAAACGCAAGAUCAUAUAUCACUGUGGGCCCACCAACAGCGGAAAAACGUACAACGCAUUGCAGAGAUUCAUGGAAGCAAAGAAGGGAAUAUAUUGUAGUCCACUGAGGUUGUUAGCCAUGGAGGUUUUUGACAAGGUUAACUCUUUAGGGGUUUACUGUAGCCUUAUGACCGGACAAGAGAAGAAAUCUGUACCCUUCUCUAAUCAUGUCGCUUGUACGGUUGAGAUGGUUUCUACAGAUGAGUUAUAUGAUGUGGCUGUUAUUGACGAGAUUCAAAUGAUGUCUGAUCCUUGUAGGGGAUAUGCCUGGACACGGGCUUUGCUUGGGGUAAAGGCCGAUGAGAUACAUUUAUGCGGCGAUCCGAGUGUUUUGAACAUUGUUAGGAAAAUAUGUUGCGAGACAGGAGAUGAUUUGGUGGAGAAAAAUUACGACCGGUUCAAGCCAUUAGUGGUUGAAGCAAAGACUCUCAUGGGUGAUUUGAAAAACGUGAGAUCUGGAGAUUGUGUUGUUGCUUUUUCACGAAGAGAGAUAUUUGAAGUUAAACUGGCAAUUGAGAAGCUCACGGAACACCGUUGUUGUGUUAUUUACGGAGCAUUGCCGCCUGAAACCAGGCGGCAUCAGGCGGCAUUGUUUAAUGACCCGGAGAACGAAUACGAUGUUCUGGUGGCUAGUGAUGCAGUGGGGAUGGGAUUGAAUCUGAAUAUCAGAAGGGUUGUUUUUUACAGUCUUUCAAAAUAUAACGGGGACAAAAUCGUCCCCGUUCCGGCAUCACAGGUCAAGCAGAUUGCCGGGAGAGCGGGCCGGAGGGGGAGCCGGUUUCCAGAAGGACUGACCACCACUCUGCAAUUGGAUGAUUUGGAAUAUUUGAUUGAGUGUUUGAAAAAACCAUUUGAUGACGUCAAGAAAGUCGGGCUAUUUCCAUUCUUUGAACAGGUCGAACUGUUUGCCGGGCAGCUUCCGAACUCCACCUUCCCGGAACUUCUUGAAAAAUUCGGAGGGAAUUGCCGUUUAGACAGUUUGUAUUUCCUGUGCAACCAUAGCCACAUAAAGAGAAUAGCAAAUAUGUUGGAGAAAGUCUCCGGAUUGUCCCUAGAAGACCGUUUCAACUUCUGUUUUGCUCCGGUCAACAUCCGAGACCCAAAAGCAAUGUACCACUUGUUAAGGUUUGCAUCUUCGUACGCCCAAAGCCUGCCUGUGAAUAUAUCAAUGGGGAUGCCCAAAACCUCCGCCCGAAACGAUUCCGAGCUGUUGGAUCUAGAGACCAGACACCAAGUGCUGUCCACUUAUAUGUGGCUAUCUAAUCACUUUGAGCGAGGGACAUUUCCGUUGAAAGUCUUCCGACUCCGAUACCGUCGUCCACAACGACUCAACGACCCUCUCAGAGACUGAUUUCGAACGACCUUCGGCCUUAGUUCUUUCCGGCCCUAACCAAAGACCAAGAAGGAUAAUAAUGAUGAUAAUGAUAUGGAAAGGCCGGAGAAAUCACCAGAACAGCGCAAGCGCAUUGCCGCAUAGUGUGAGGCACCUCUGCAUGACUUUGUUUGUAUUGGUCUCUUCUUAUGUCAGUCUUACACUCUUCUGUUUUUGGUUCGUCGUGGUCUGAUUGGCACCGUAUAUAUGCUCAAAAGAAGGCACCUAAAAACACAGAUUAUAUGGUCUGCUUUCCUGCCCAUGGAGCCAUUAUUCGUGCAUGGUUUAGUUCUUGGCCAAAAAAAAGCCAUGGAAUGGGCAACCUGUGCAAGUUAUGGAGCUCUAUUGCUGGUGGGAAAUGGCUGGCUGUUUACAUGGGGUUUCAUCAUCUUCUUCAUGGACCAACAAUAUCUUAAAGGAG